CUGCUGAAAUGUGAUACAAGUUGUAACAAAACCGGAAGUUGGUUAGGCUGCCUUCGCUUCUCAAGGUAAGGAAGUGGAGGAUUAAAUGAUUUGCCCAAAGUCUCACAGUAAUUUGUAGAGCUGAGAUUGAAAUUCAGGUGAAACUUCACAUAUCACAUUCUUUUUAUCAGAUGGCAGUUUCUGGAUUUACUCUUGGUACCUGCAUACUUCUGUUGCACAUUAGUUAUGUGACUAAUUAUCCCAAUGGAAAAGUAACACAGUCAUGCCAUGGAAUGAUUCCUGAACAUGGUCAUAGUCCACAGUCUGUUCCUGUUCAUGACAUUUAUGUGAGUCAGAUGACAUUCAGGCCAGGAGAUCAGAUUGAAGUUACUUUGUCAGGGCAUCCAUUUAAAGGCUUUCUCCUAGAAGCGCGUAAUGCUGAGGAUCUGAAUGGCCCUCCUAUUGGCUCCUUCACGUUGAUUGACAGUGAAGUGUCACAACUUUUGACCUGUGAAGAUAUACAGGGAUCAGCAGUGAGUCACAGAAGUGCAUCUAAAAAAACAGAAAUUAAAGUCUACUGGAAUGCUCCAAGCAGUGCUCCAAAUCAUACACAGUUUCUAGUCACAGUUGUUGAGAAGUACAAAAUCUACUGGGUGAAGAUUCCUGGUCCUAUAAUUUCACAACCAAAUGCAUUUCCUUUUACAACACCUAAAGCUACAAUAGUACCUUUGCCAACGUUGCCUCCAGUUUCCCACUUAACCAAACCAUUCAGUGCCUCAGACUGUGGGAACAAGAAGUUCUGUAUUAGGAGUCCUUUGAACUGUGACCCAGAGAAGGAGGCUUCCUGUGUCUUCUUGUCCUUCACAAGAGAUGACCAAUCGGUGGUGGUUGAAAUGAGUGGCCCCAGUAAAGGCUAUUUAUCCUUUGCAUUGUCUCAUGACCAAUGGAUGGGUGAUGAUGAUGCUUAUCUGUGUAUUCAUGAAGAUCAGACUGUGUACAUCCAGCCUUCCCAUUUAACGGGGCGAAGUCACCCUGUAAUGGACUCCAGGGAUACCCUUGAGGAUAUGGCUUGGAGGUUGGCGGAUGGUGUUAUGCAGUGUUCUUUCAGAAGAAACAUUACCCUUCCUGGAGUUAAGAAUAGAUUUGAUCUAAACACAAGCUAUUACAUAUUUCUAGCAGAUGGUGCAGCUAAUGACGGUCGAACUUACAAGCACUCUCAGCAACCUUUGAUUACCUAUGAAAAAUAUGAUGUGACAGACUCUCCAAAGAACAUAGGAGGAUCCCAUUCUGUACUCCUUCUGAAGGUUCAUGGUGCCUUAAUGUUUGUGGCAUGGAUGACUACUGUUAGCAUAGGUGUACUGGUUGCCCGGUUCUUCAAACCAGUUUGGUCAAAAGCCUUCUUCCUUGGUGAAGCAGCUUGGUUUCAGGUGCAUCGGAUGCUCAUGUUCAUCACAACUGUCCUCACUUGCAUUGCUUUUGUUAUGCCGUUUAUAUACAGGGGAGGCUGGAGUAGGCAUGCAGGUUACCACCCAUACCUCGGCUGUAUAGUGAUGACUUUGGCAGUUCUUCAGCCUCUUCUGGCAGUCUUCAGGCCACCUUUACAUGACCCAAGAAGGCAAAUGUUUAACUGGACUCAUUGGAGUAUGGGAACAGCUGCUAGAAUAAUAGCAGUGGCAGCUGUGUUCCUGGGAAUGGAUUUACCAGGACUGAAUCUUCCUGAUUCGUGGAAAACCUAUGCAAUGAUUGGAUUUGUAGCCUGGCAUGUUGGGACUGAGAUUGUUCUGGAGGUACAUGCUUAUCGGCUCUCUCGCAAAGUUGAAAUAUUGGAUGAUGACAGAAUUCAGAUCCUUCAGUCAUUUACUGCGGUGGAAACAGAGGGUCAUGCUUUUAAAAAGGCAGUGUUGGCAGUUUAUGUCUGUGGGAAUGUUACUUUUCUCAUCAUAUUUUUAUCUGCAAUCAACCAUCUAUGAGCAAGCAAAGACCUUGGCUUUUGCAGGCCAAGUGAUAAUUAUCAUCAAACCAAAGAAACUUGAAGCGUGUCCUGACUGCCUGGAGCAUAUUUGUGAAUUCUCACUUGGAAGACUGGGGUCAUGUCUGUAGAGGAAUUCUGAAGUCCAGCCUUUAGAGACCAACAUUCAAGAGGGUCAUAUAGACUAUAAAUUAAUGUCAUUCCCUAUAUGUAAUUCUGGGUCUUAAAGGCAAGAUUGUACUUCAGGAGAAGUAACUCUCAAAUAUUUCGUGCCAAGAUUUUAAGAAUGUUGAUAUUUAAGAAAAUAAAUAAUGAUUUGGAAAAACACAACAGAUGUCACUAGGAUAAAAAAGAGAUAUAUUAUGGUAUAUAUAUAUAUACAUAUAUAUAUAUAUAUAUAUAUAUUUUUUUUUUUUUUGAGACAGAGUCUUGCUCUGUUGCCCAGGCUGGAGUGCAGUGGUGCGAUCUCGGCUCACUGCAAGCUCUGCCUCCUGGGUUCACGGCAUUCUCCUGCCUCAGCCUCCUGAGUAGCUGGGACUACAGGCGCCCGCCACCAUGCCCGGCUAAUUUUUAAAAUAUUUUUAGUAGAGACGGGGUUUCACCAUUCACAGGAUGGUCUCGAUCUCCUGACCUUGUGAUCCGCCCGCCUCAGCCUCCAAAAAUGCUGGGAUUACAGGCAUGAGCCACCGCACCCAGCCUACGGUAAAUAUAUUUUGAACUACAAAGGUGCUGUGGUACUUUAAAGAAAAACUAUUUUUACUAGUUUAUCUGAAUGAUCUGUGGACUUUAUUUAGAAACUGUUUUUCAGUUUAGUUUUUUGGACAUAUCCUUUGCUCAGUGUAUUUCGUUACUUCUCCUAGUAAAGGUAGAAGUGAGGCAGAUGCCAUUGUAGGUUUUACCAGCAUUUAAAUAUAUUAUGAAUUGCUUAGCAAUGAAAUGCAAGUAUGCAUCUUUUACUUAAAGAUACUAUUUAUGUAUUCAGCUACAGAGAUGAAAUAGCAUUUUACGUGUUAAUUGUUUUGGCUAUAAAAUUUAAGUCCUUAUAGCAUUUGGGGAUUAUACACUUGGAUUUCAAAAUUGAUAAAACUCACACUUGUGAACAUAUCUAAUAGAUAUUCUGUUUACUUGUAGAAAUAAUAUAAUGUGUCUGGUUCUGUUUUGUUAGACGUUUUUUAUGCUGUAUUGAAUCACAAUAGUGUUAUCUUCCUUAUUUCAAGAAUUCAUCUAUUUUAUGGCUACAUCUCAUAUGUGCUAUGAGGACUUCUAGCCAGUGGGUGGCGCUGUAAUACCGAAGUACUGUACUGCUUUGUUCCUGUUUCCUUGUGCUGAUUCCUUUCUAGUAUUUAGGUAACAUUAUGGGAUGGCAUUUCCCUUAAAUUCCGCCAACUCUUAAUCUUUAUUUUAAAAAUGUCUACUUUUUUUGGGUGGUUGGGGUAAUGGGUUAAAACCUUAAAUUAGUAACCACUGUUUAUUUUCCAGUUUGUUUUCUGUGAUUAUUUAUAAUAAUUGUUUGAUAUUUGUUUUUACAGUCUCCUGACCCUGUAAUAAUGAAUGCAGCUAUCUUAGGCAAAGCAAAUAAAUAAACUGGGCAUUUUUAAAAUAAAAAAUGUAGGAAGUCAUACUUUAUUUCUUUAGGUAUUCUUUCUGAUUAUGUUAUAGUUUCUGCUUGGCCCGAGAACCUAAUUUCUAUAUGGUAUGAAUAAUAGCCUCAGCAAUGUAGCCUACAUCUUUAUUUUAUUAAUACUUUUCAAAAUUUUUUUCAUUAUUUCUUUUUUUAUAUUUUUAUUUUUUGAAUUUACUUAACCAACUUUCUACUAAUAGCCUACAUCUUUUACUGGGUAAAAUAUUGUGGAAGUUUAGUUUUUGUUCCUUUUAUAGGUGUUUAUCAUAAGUGGCUUAGGGCUUAGAUAUGAACUUUCUGUGUUCAUAUUCUAUAUGUGCCAUGCUACUUAUAAUCUAAAUUUUCCUUUUGAAUGUGUUUAUUAAAAAAAAUUUAGUAUAGCAAAUUAAAUGUUAUUUUCUUCCCGUUUUCUAUACUAAGGAGCCUAAAUAUUAAUCAAUUUCUCUUAAGUUAUAUUCUACAUCUGACAAAGAAAAAUUCUCUUUUUUUUUUGAGACAAAGUCUCACUCUGUUGCCCAGGCUGGAGUGCAGUGGUGCAAUCUUGGCUCACUGCAGCCUCCGCCUCCUGGGUUCAAGCGAGUCUUGUCUCAGUCUUCUGAGUAGCUGGGACUACGGGUGUGUGCCACCAGUCUUGGCUAAUUUUUAUAUUUUUAGUAGAGAUGGGGGUUUCACAUGUUGGCCAGGCUGGUCCCAAACUCCUGGUCUAAAGUAAUCCACCUGCCUCAGCCUCCCAAAGUGCUGGGAUUACAGGCACGAGCCACUGUGCCCAGCUGAAAAUUCUUUUAAGGGAAAGAUGAGUCUUGAUGUGUUUGGUCUUCAACUAUGUGGGCUUGCUAUAUUUCCAGUGUUGAGGCUAAGAUAUUUUAACUUUUUCUUUUUCAGUGCUUCAUAUGUUGGCACUAUUUUGGUCUUUGCCAACUUAUAUACAGAGUUGCCCAAAGAAGCCUUUGCCAUUUAAUUUUUUUUUUUUUUUUUUUUUUUGAGACAAGGUCUUACUCUUGCCCAGGCUGGAGUGCAGUGGUGCGAUCUUAGCCCCCUGCAGCCUUGAUCUCUUGGGCUUUAGUGAUCCUCCCACCGCAGCCUCCAGAGUAGCUGGAAUUACAGGCACCAACUCUGUGCACCACCACAGCCAGCUAAUUAAAAUUUUUUUUUUUUUUUUUUGGUAGAGAAGGGAUCUCCCUCUGUUGCCCAGGCUGAUCUCGAACUCCCGGGUUCAAGCAAUCCCCUUGCCUCAGACUCCCAAAGUGUUGGGAUUAUAGGCAUGAGCCAUUGCACCUGGCCCCAAAUAGACCAAGUCUUUUGAUUAGGACCAAAUUAUUAUUAUUCUGCUUAUGGUUGGUUGGUAUCCACAAAUUGCAAAUGCCUAGUCUUCACUCCUCUCAGUUUUUCUUUUUGUUUCUGCAAUAAACACUCCGGGCAGUUUUUCAAAAGUUACUUCUUUUGAUAGUAAUUAUUGUUAAAUUAAAUGCUUUUAUAUCGUUAGCAGUGUUACCAAAAACAAUGAGCAAAAUCAUGUUUUCUUCUAAAGAAGUGAUGCAAUAUAAAAUAAAGAUGUGUAUGCUUUUCAGAAAGAAAUGAAAGAAAUUCUAGAAAUUUGUGGUUGGGCUGGCAUUAAUAGCUGAGGCAAUAAAAAAAUUCUGUCGUCUGCAGAAAUCAAUUUUAAGGGCAAAGGUAGUCUAUAGUAUGGGUUAUCAAGUAAAUGAAACAAAUUCACUUUAGUACUUUAUUUUUGUCAAGGAUUUUGUCUCUAAUGUGUGUUAAGCAAUACCUCAUCCCUUCCACAUCCUGCCCCAGUCCAGGCUUCAGUGGGAAAAGACAAAUGCAGCAGAUGCCAACUAGGAAGCUCUCAGGGCACAUGUAGUGUUUGGCUGAAAUUCUAUUUAUCUGUAUAUUCUCAUGAGGCAGGGAAAAAAAGAACAAAGGUCCUUGUUUAAGAUAAUCCAUUAUAGGUUGGAAUGAAAGGAAAGAUCUUCUAAGAGCCCUUUUUAAAUCGGAUUAGGAUAUUCACAGUUCCUAUCCACAUCCUGCUUCUUUCUUCCUUGUGCAGCCCCUACCAAGCUCAUCUCUGCACCCAGGUCACAGAUGGUUACCCGCCUGGAAUGCCCUUCUCAGUGAAACAGGAAAUGUUCCCUUGUCCCCAUUGCAGGGUGUGGAAUGGGGAUGUGGCUGGCUUCUUCAGUGCCCCACUGCUCAAAUCUAGGGGAGCAUACAGAUGGGCAGGCUGUGGGGCUCCGACCCCACAGCAAUGUCUAGGGGUGAAUGUUUGCAGCUGAAGCCCCAGUGGGCAUGUGUUACCAUGUGCUCUUUUAGUUUAGCCAUCCAUAGUUAGCUUGUGUUAGCUCAAUUAGACCCCUGCCUUAUUGCAAGGACAGAGGGCUUUCUGUAUCCCUGGGUUCUUGCCUUGGUGUACCAGGAGAAUCGGAUCGCACCUGGGCUUGGAGAAUGGGUGCAAGGUGUGACCUACUCAGCAAAGUUUUACUGGGUAGACGUAGGUCUCGGCAGAUGCGGGAGCCAGAAGGGAGAUGGUUUUCCCCUGGAGUUGGGCCGCUAGACUGCCUGGGCUCUCCUCUGAUUGCCCUGGCCAAACUCCGCCAACUGUUUCUCCUUCCGCCAGUCGUGGCCUGUCGGCAUGCUGGCAUCUGUCGUGUGCUCUUCCUCUGGCGUGCUCUCAUCCACAUCCUCUCGCUGUUCAGCUGCUUGUGUCUUCUGCGAUGUGUUCCUCUCCACGUCCAGCUGCUUGUGUGUCUGCCUGCUAGAAUCUUGGAGGUGUUUAUAGGCACAGGAUGGGGCCAUGGUGAGCCAGGGUUGUCUUGGGAAAUGCAACAUUUGGCCGCUGAAGGCAGGGGUGCCUGUCCUCACUUAGGCCCGUGGGCACGGGUUUGGGGGUGGAGCCCUCGCCAGGCACCACGCCCUCCUCUACCCAGCACUUCCCUUCCGUCCUUUCCUAUUAUUUAAAGGGACCACGCCCUUC